AUGACCGUCGCGGCCGACGACAAGCACGUCGGCAUCCCCAUCAUCGACUUUGCGCCGCUCCUGUCCGACGACGCGCAGCCGGACCAGUACGCCCAGGCCGGCAACGAGGUGUACCAGGCCUUCAAGAACGCCGGCUUCGCGUACAUCAAGAACCAUGGCGUGCCGCAGGAGAUAGUCGACGAGGCCUUUGAAUGGGUGCGUCUGCUGCCCCCUCGUGUUGUCCAUGCCCUCCAUCACCGGGCCAGAGAGAUUCACACAUCAGCUAACUUGAAAGGGGGGGACGGGCAAAAGAGCCGCAAGUUCUUCGCCCUGCCGCAGAGCGAAAAGGACAAGGUGCCGCACCCGGCCGAGGGCUGGUACCACCGGGGCUACUCGGGCGUCGGGCGCGAAAAGGUGUCGCAAAACGUCUUCGACGCCGAGGGCAUCGCGCGCGAGCGCAGCGUGCCCGACUGCAAGGAGUCGUUUGAGAUGGGCGGCGAGCACGAGGAGCGCCUCCGCAACAUCAUGCCCGCCGAGCACGUCCUGCCGGGCUUCCGCGCCUUCUUCGCCCUCUUCUUCGACGCGUGUUACCGCCUCGAGCUGCGCCUGCUGCGCGCCAUCGCCGUCGGCAUGGGCCUCGACGCCGACUACUUCGUCGACUACCACCGCGACCGGAGCAACCAGAUCCGCCUGCUGCACUACCCGCCCAUCGAGGAGGAGCUGCUCGCCAAGGGAAAGGUCGACUGCAUCGGCGCGCACACCGACUUUGGCACCGUCACGAUGCUCUUCCAGGACGAGGUCGGCGGGCUCGAGGUCGAGACGGUCGAGGGAAAGGGCGGGUUCACGCCCGCGCCGUACAUCCCCGGCACCGUCGUCGUCAACAUCGGCGACUUCCUCAUGCGCUGGAGCAACGACGAGCUGCGCUCCACGCUGCACCACGUGCGCACCCCGCCCGUCGACGAGCGCGACGUCGAGCCCGGCCGCCCGCGCAUGACGCGCGAGCGCUACUCCAUCCCCUACUUUGUCGGCGCCGACGGCCACCGCACCAUCGACUGCGUCCCCGGCUGCUGGGGGCCCGACCGCCCAAAGAAGUACGAGCCCAUCAACGCGAGCGAGUACAUGGACAUGCGCCUCAAUGCCACCUACUAA